CCUCUUGGCAUCAUUCUGUUUACUGAGCCAUUCAUUAUCUCAUUUACUCCUUUGUCAUCUCUCUACAUAUAAGCAAUUAUGUGUAAGAACUGUUUUUCUAAUGUAAUCUAUUCUGGAUUAUCUAAUGGGGGAUUAGCAUGUAAAACACCUGCAUACUAGUGUAAACCAGACCCAUUUAAAAGGAAUGAGGAACCUUUUUAGGAUUAAUAAUGUGUCUCAGAUUUCCAAGUAGAUCCACCCAUAUCUCCUUAUAAAAGGUACACUUGUGAUGCUGAGAGCCAGUGGAAGUGGCCUUGCUGGAAGACUCUGUGUACCUGCCUGCAGUGACUUUAAACUACAGUUUGUUGACAUGCAGAAUUUAAUCCUUCUGAGGGUGAGUCUGCUGCUGCUAAUAAAUGACAUCAGCACGGCUAUAGUCCCCACUAAUGGCACUAUGUCUAGCGUUACGCAGUCCAGAAGCACUAACGCUGUCAACACCAUAACACCUACAUUGAGGAGCACCACUAUCACAUCAAUAAAUAAUGCUGCCAGCACCAUAACACCUACAUCCAGGGGCACCACUAUGCCAUCAGGAACCAAUGCCAUCAACACCAUAACACCUACAUCCAGGGGCACCACUAUCCCAUCAGGAACCAAUGCUGUCAACACCAUAACACCUACAUCCAAGGGCACCACUAUCCCAUCAGGAACCAAUGCCAUCAACACCAUAACACCUACAUCCAGGGGCACCACUAUCCCAUCCAGAAAUAAUGCUGCCAGCACCAUAACACCUACAUCCAGGGGCACCACUAUCCCAUCAGGAACUAAUGCCAUCAACACCAUAACACCUACAUGCAGGGGCCCCACUAUCCCAUCCAGAAAUAAUGCUGUCAACACCAUAACACCUACAUCCAAGGGCACCACUAUCCCAUCAGGAACCAAUGCCAUCAACACCAUAACACCUACAUCCAGGGGCACCACUAUCCCAUCCAGAAAUAAUGCUGCCAGCACCAUAACACCUACAUCCAGGGGCACCACUAUCCCAUCAGGAACUAAUGCCAUCAACACCAUAACACCUACAUGCAGGGGCCCCACUAUCCCAUCCAGAAAUAAUGCUGUCAACACCAUAACACCUACAUCCAGGGGCACCACUAUCCCAUCAGGAACUAAUGCUGUCAACACCAUAACACCUACAUCCAGGGGCACCACUAUCCCAUCAGGAACUAAUGCUGUCAACACCAUAAUACCUACAUCCAGGGGCACCACUAUGCCAUCAGGAGCUAAUGCUGUCAACACCAUAACACCUACAUUCAGGGGCACCUCUACCACAUAAAUAAAUAAUGGAAUCUGUAACGCCUACCCAUGUGCCACUCCAGUGAUGCCAUCACUCCAGGAACAUAAGAAACCUUAAGAGGAAGGAUUCGAUUGCUUCAUGCUUACUUACUGAAAAUUGUUUUCUGUCGUGUACUAUCCUCUGUGUUUGUUUACCUCUGUUAUGUACCCUUGAUCCCUUUGGAAUUUGGCUGCCCCUUUUUCUGUCUUGCUGAUGUGUUUGUGUGCAGUUCAGUGUAGGCUGUGACCGCCGGCUGUGUUCGGGAGCGGGUGUGGCCAUAUUUUUGGUGUUAGUCAGGCAGUAAGGAUAGUGCUGUGUCUCUGUUUGCCUGUCACAACAGUACAGGUAGAUGUAGCUUUGGGGCUUUCUUUGG